AUGAUCGGCAUCUCCUUCUGCAGCGACGGGAAUCGCAUCCGCACCCUGCCGCUGCCGGAGUCACCGGAGAGUGGCGUGAUCGCGGCUAGGACGGGCGACGACGCUAUGCACGCAUUCUUUGCGUCACGUUCGAGGUCGGUGAUCGACAAGCGUCGCCGCUCCCGCUCAAUGAUCUCACGGGCAGCAAGGACGCUGGACGGAUGGCGACGAGUAUCACCAGACAGAGUGGCACUCUUGGCGAGACUGGCGCUGAAGCUGUAUCCCUUCGGUGAGACGACGGGCGGGCGCUCGCGCUGCCGUGACGCUGCCAGCAUCCGCAGUUGCGACGGUGCAGGCAGCGGGGGGGCACCCAAGUUUCUGUUGCCCUUGUUGGCGCAGCAGCCGCUGUCACCCGUGCCACUAAUGUUAUAA